CGGGCGGCCGCGGCCAUGACGCAGGGUCCGGGCGGGCGCGCGCCCCCAGCGCCCCCGGCACCCCCCGAGCCCGAGGCGCCCACCACCUUCUGCGCGCUGCUGCCCCGGAUGCCGCAGUGGAAGUUCGCGGCCCCGGGCGGAUUCCUGGGCCGCAGCCCGGCGGCGGCGCGGGCGGCCGGGGCGGCCUCGGGGGGCGCGGACCCCCAGCCGGAGCCGGAGGGCCCGGGGGCCCGCUCCAUGCACCACACCGUUCAUCCAGGCAGGGGCUGGGGGCUCAAAGGAGGGUUUCAGCGACACAACCGAGUGGGCUACAUGCCAAUUGGGGGGCAGAGGCGGCGAUGGCGGGGGCUCUGGGGGCGUCCCACGCUGGCCUCUGACACCUGUUCUCUCUCCUGGCAGUACAUGGGCUGCAUCGAGGUCCUCCGCUCCAUGCGCUCCCUGGACUUCAGCACGCGCACACAGGUGACCAGGGAAGCCAUCAACCGUCUCCACGAGGCUGUGCCUGGUGUCCGGGGAUCCUGGAAGAGAAAGGCCCCCAACAAGGCGCUGGCGUCUGUCCUGGGCAAGAGCAACCUUCGCUUUGCUGGCAUGAGCAUCUCCAUCCACAUCUCCACCGACGGCCUCAGCCUCUCUGUGCCCACCACGCGCCAGGUCAUCGCCACCCACCACAUGCCAUCCAUCUCCUUCGCAUCCGGCGGAGACACGGACAUGACGGAUUACGUGGCCUACGUCGCCAAGGACCCCAUCAACCAGAGAGCCUGCCACAUCCUGGAGUGCUGUGAGGGCCUGGCGCAGAGCGUCAUCAGUACCGUGGGCCAAGCCUUUGAGCUGCGCUUCAAGCAAUACCUGCACAGCCCACCCAAGGUGGCCCUGCCCCCGGAAAGGCUGGCGGGGCUGGAGGAGUCGGCUUGGGGGGACGAGGAGGAGGCCGCGGAGCACAGUUACUACAACAGCAUCCCCGGGAAGGAGCCGCCGCCGGGUGGCCUGGUGGACUCCAGGCUGGCGCCGACACAGCCCUGUGCCCUCGCCGCCCUCGGGCAGGGCCCAUCUCAUGCUCGAAGAGACGCCCGCAGCUUGCCAUGGGACGUGGGGCACACGGGUACAGCUCCGCCGGGGGACGGCUAUGUGCAGGCAGACGCCCGGGGCCCCCCGGAGCCCGAGGAGCACCUGUACGUCAACACCCAGGGUCUGGACGCCCCUGAGCCGGAGGACACGGCGCCCCUGCAGCCCAAGGACAGCCCCAAGAAGGAUCUGUUUGAUAUGCGACCCUUUGAGGAUGCCUUGAAGCUGCAUGAGUGCUCAGCGGCUGCGGGUACAGCAGCCCCACUUCCCUUGGAGGACCAGUGGCCCAGCCCCCCCACCCGCCGGGCCCCAGUGGCGCCCACGGAGGAGCAGCUGCGGCAGGAGCCCUGGUACCAUGGCAGGAUGAGCCGCCGGGCGGCAGAGAGGCUACUCCGCGCGGACGGGGACUUCCUGGUGCGGGACAGCGUCACCAACCCUGGGCAGUACGUCCUCACCGGCAUGCACGCGGGGCGGCCCAAGCACCUGCUGCUGGUGGACCCUGAGGGCGCGGUGCGGACGAAGGACGUGCUGUUCGAGAGCAUCAGCCACCUGAUCGACCACCACCUGCAGAACGGGCAGCCCAUCGUGGCGGCGGAAAGCGAGCUGCAUCUGCGCGGCGUGGUCUCCCGGGAGCCCUGAGCCACGUGUGUGGCCGCCACGGCCGCCGGCCUCACUCUAUUUCCCAGGUGCUUUUCUAGCUUGAAAAUUGAGACAC